CCCUGACUUUUUUCGGAACGCCCACUGGAAACAGCUUCCAGUCUCUGAUGUGACACUUGAAUGCAUAGAUAACCCCCUUCCAUGGUGGGGUAUCUUUUUUCUUCCACCACCACCUCGCCACAAGUGGGGAGGGGGGUCUGUUCUGAAAACGACCGAGCACUGAGAGCCUUCUUCUCUUGGCCGCUGAGGUUUCGGAGGAGGUUGUACACGGCUCUGCGUGAGAAGUUGACUCGGAGUUCUCCAGGCUUCCCUGCCGGGAAGAGGAGGAGGGGAAGCUACGAAGUGGGGCAGGGCCCUGAGCCUCCACUCAGCUGGUUCCUUGUUUUUGGAUCACUCUGCCAAAAGAGCUACACGGUCCUUUCUUCAGAACUCAUGAACAUCCGGAGCAGUGGCGAAAGAAAGCAGUAAUUGCCCAACAAGCUCCCUUUUCUCUGCCUGUCUUCAAGCAGGAGGUGGUUCAGUCAAUAUGUGAUAAAAUUCUGUCACAGAUAUCCAUGUUGGAAAAGACACUGCCUGAAUUAUCCCAGAGCACCAUAAUGACGGAGGAAGCUUGCAGGACGCGAAGUCAGAAGCGAGCACUUGAACGGGAAAUCACCCAAAACGACGUGGACUGUAAAAAGAUGAAAAUGGACAAGGGGCUUUUGGGGGGCCCUGAGGCCAACUCUGAAGGGGGGGACCUUAAGAUAAAGACUGACCCUGGAUCUGGUAGAGUCCAAGGACUAUUAAAAGGAGGAGAGAUGAAAGCAACUAUCAGAGUGGAGGUUCAGACAGGGGAUGAGCCAGUGGAUAUGAGCACCUCAAAAAGUGAUGCAAAGCGAGAGAGGAGAGUCCCUUCACCUGAUGUAAUAGUACUGUCGGACAACGAGCCAUCAAGCCCAAGAAUGAAUGGAUUAACCAAAAUAGCAUUAAAAGAGACCAGUGCAGAAGUGCUAAUGAAAAGCAGCCCAGAAGAACGGGAGCGAAUGAUUAAACAGUUGAAAGAAGAACUGCGGUUAGAAGAAGCCAAACUUGUCUUACUGAAAAAAUUACGACAAAGUCAGAUACAAAAGGAGACAACAGCUCAAAAGCCUGCUGGUUCUUCAGGAAAUGCUGUAGCAACACCUCCCCCCUUAGUGCGGGGAACACAGAACAUUGCAUCCAGCAAGUCAGCCCUUCUACAGAACACUUCUUCACGUAUUCCUGGGACUGUCAUUCCUCCUCCUUUGAUCCGUGGUGGGCAGCAGACGUCUUCAAAGCUGAGCUCUCAGCAGAACACGCAAAUAGUCAUGCCACCUUUAGUCCGAGGAGCACAGCAAAUCCACAACAUCCGCCCGCACUCCAGCUCGGGACCCCCUCCGCUGCUCCUAGCUCCACGGGCUUCCGUUCCCAGCGUGCAGAUCCAGGGCCAGCGGAUAAUACAGCAGGGUCUCAUCCGUGUUGCCAAUGUCCCGAAUGCGAGCCUCUUGGUCAACAUCCCACAGGCCUCCCCAACCUCAUUGAAAGGUGCAGCUGGGACGUCUGCCCAGGUGAACGCUUCUACCGCCACCAGCGUUGCUUCCAUCGUCAACUCUAAUGACUCUCCCGCCAGUCGGCAAGCAGCUGCCAAGUUGGCAUUGCGGAAGCAGCUGGAGAAAACCCUGCUGGAAAUUCCUCCACCCAAACCACCGGCUCCUGAAAUGAACUUCCUGCCCAGUGCAGCUAAUAAUGAGUUCAUCUACCUAGUUGGGUUGGAGGAAGUGGUGCAGAACCUACUAGAAGCUCAAGGUAAAGUCUCCGUCAGCCCCUCCUCGCAGGAGCCCUACACGUGCGUCCAGUGCAAGACGGACUUCACCUGCCGCUGGAGGGAGGAGAAGAGCGGCUCUAUCAUGUGUGAGACGUGCAUGUCCUCCAAUCAGAAGAAAGCGCUCAAGGCUGAGCACACUAGCCGGCUGAAGGCCGCCUUUGUUAAGGCCUUGCAGCAGGAGCAGGAGAUCGAACAGCGGAUAUUGCAACAGGCCGCCUCCCCAAUUCAGAGCAAGCCAGAACAGAUAGCCCAGCAGCAUCAUUCGCUCAAGCAGGCCUCCAGCCAGCUGCCCCGAAGUGCCAGCACCCCUCGUGGAGUCUUGCAUGCAUUUAGCCAGUCGCCCAAGUUGCAGAACGCCUCCGGUGUGGCCGUACUUGGUGGCAGGCAAGGUAAGCGUGCUCAGAGACCCAUCGGCAAAGGAGGUGCUUACACUUGGAAGAAGACACCCGUCAACGCAGGCGGGACAUUGAACUUCGUUAAUCCUAGUCUCACCGUGCACAAAACUUCCUCCUCGGCCGUAGAUCGCCAGCGUGAAUAUCUCUUGGAUAUGAUUCCUCCACGGUCCAUCCCUCAGUCUGCCACGUGGAAAUAACGCAGGAACCUCCGCCCUGAGUGGAAGACUUCAAUUUUUCUAUUUCGUCUUCUUGUUUUUUUCUUCCCACCCCUUUUGAUUCUGCCCUCCUUUCCCCCGAAAUCCCUCCACACAGUGGAAAAGCCGCUUUCAAGUCUAACUGGAUCUGCCCGUGGGGUUUGUCAGAAGGCUUUUUUAUUUUUUACUUUUUUUGCCAGCCCCAUCAGGGGCCACAUUGCUUCCUGCUGGAUAGAAUGGACGCUCGAAAGGGUGGUAAUGAACGUUAGGCUACCAAAUCCUUGCAACUUUUUUCUUGGCUGAUGGUUGAGGCCAUCUCUGAGGAAGAUCUCAAUUUAAUAUUAUUAUUUUCUCUGUGUAUUUUGUCUCUUUAGUUUGGGGGUUAUGUUUUUUUUUGUUUUGUUUUUUUGUGUUUUUUUGAUCAGCUGCUUCUGGUCUCAGUCCCUUCCUUCCCUACAUCCCUUCUUCUUUUUUUUAGUUACCUUAGCUGAAUUUUCCUUUGGUUGAUCAUACAAUAGUCCCUUGUGAUCAAGGAUGUACUUCACCUAUUCACAGAAAGCAGAAGUGGGACCUGACAACAGUGAAAAAAAAUCAGGAAAGGUGGACUGGCUUCCUCAUUGGCCUUGUUUUCGCCCAAGGAGGCCCUUUUCUAAAGGAGAACAGGAGGGAGGGGUUGGGUGUUUGGUUUGCAGGUUUUGUUUUCUUUUCUUUUUAAUCCAGUAAUAACUUAUAUUACAAGCAAAUGCAAACGGACUUGCCACCGCCAGAAGAAAUGGAGCAACUGAACACAGGGCGUGCAUCUUUUUGUUUCUGUUUCUGUUUUUUUUUUUUAAUAGAAUCUUGUUUCAGACAGAUGUUCUGCCCUGGACAUUUGAUGGUUUAAAGAAUUACUGGACAGUUUAUAUAAAACAGCUCUAUUGAAUCUCCUCAAUCUGAACAGAAUGAACAGUUUUUUUAAAAAAACAAAAUAAGAAAAAAUAGUCUAAUGCUCCCAAAGAGAAAAGGGAGCAGUGUGGAGAUGAAUAUUUUUUUUUUUCUUACAAAAAGCAACAUCUGAUUGAAUCUCCCUCCCCCUUUUCAUUUUUUUAGAAAGGUUUUUACUUGGCUAUCUAAGAACAGUGUGCAAUUUAGUUAUGUGGAGCAGAAGGGACCAGAGAAGUAAUCAGUUUUGUGUUUUAAAAAAGAAAUAAAUAAAAACAACACCAUGAGACAAAGUCCACAUCUCUCUUGCUACCAGUUGUUGUGGGGGAAAAUGGCCUUCACAAAGGUGAACAGUUAUAGAUCUGGUGCCCUCCAUAUGUGUUGGAUUUAGCUCCCAUAAUUCCCAGUCAGGAGCACAAGUAGAGGGUGUCUAGUGCAGAGAAAAACAGGCUGUCUGGCUUAUAAGCACAACAUGGGUACAAAAAGCUGUUGUCUCUGGUGUGUCCAAUCUCAUCCCUAGAAAUGUAAUUCCCCUUUGCUAGUAACAUCUUGACUAAUGUUUGCUUUAAAUCGCACUUCCCCCCCGCUCCUCCCUGCCAAAUUCAGUUCAAUAUGGAAGAAUCAUAUUUGUUUUGUUUUCCCCCUUCUAUCCCAUUUUCUUAUUUUUGUUGUAGAGGCAGAAGUACUGACCUUUCUAUAACUAUUCAUAAUAGCAUAUUGGUACUAGAUUUAGUGCUGAUAUAAGAGUUCAUUGCAAAAAAUUAUAUAUAAAUAAAUGCAUAUAUAAAUAAAUAAAUAUAUAUAUAUAUAUAUAUAUAAGACUAUAUAUAAAGCAGGGUGGGAGGGGGUUAAUACUGUGCAGUCAAACCUUUUUGGGGCCGGGGUCAGGUAUUUUGUUAGCUACAAGUGAGAUACCUAAUUUAAGAACAGACCUACAAACAAAUGUUGCUGUAUCAGGGAGGGCUCCCUUUUCAAUUAUGGCUCUUGCAUUGUAAUAAAAAGUUCCUUCUAAUUCCCCCUUUUUCCUGUUCUGUAAGCAUGAGUAUUUAGAUUUAAUGUUUUACAGUCUGGUGGAUAGCAAGCAUAUAGGGUUUUUUUUUUUCUGUUCAAAGCUCUUCAUACUGAAUUUUAGUUGGUUUUUCGAUGUUCAUGGUGGGGUCUACUUUUGUUUGUACACCAAAGCUAUUGCUUUACUCUCCACUCUCACCUCUGUUUGAAUUUAGUGGGCUUUAAAUGCAUUCUGAUUGAUUUUUCACCCAAAAUUAGGAUAUCUUAAUUUACCAUUUCUUUCUCUCGCACUUCAGUUCUGUAAAGAAUUUGACGCCAGUAUAAACAAUUGGAGUUCUAGUCUCCUAAAGAACCCAUGUCACUUCCAAAUAACCCCAAGAUUUCCCUGAUUGGUCAAAUAGACCUGAAACUGGUUUGAAGCUGUAGUGUAGACGUACUGUUAGAUUUCUCUGGCAUUUCCACAAUUUUCACAAUUCACAUCGGUCUGCCUUAGACUUGAUGUGAAUCAGUGUUUGCCUUUCUGAAAUUCCAGCCUUGCUGUUUGUGUAGGACCUGGAUUACUUACAAAUCCGAAAGGAUUGGUUUGCCGUUGUGAAGUGUAAGCUGGAGCAGUUUGACCAACAGUGAUAGACCUGAAAAAAAAGGAGAGGCGGAGGGUGGGGGUGGCAAAACCUGUGUUUCCAAAAGCCAUUUCCUUUUAAAAAGAUGAAAAACCCAGCCGUGUCAGAAAACUCUUGAUCGGGUUGGAAUUGUCCAGGAAAUUUUGGAGGUCCAGAAAAAUAAAUCUUAACUUGAAGCAACUCCUGUGUUGGAUCUUUUAAGCCUCAUGUUGAGCUCACCAGACUUUGAUACGUCAUCACUUUGGGGAUUAUAUUUUAAAUAUCACUAAGGUAGGCAUCCAAAGGUGAUCAAGGU